AGCUCUUCCUCCUGCUGUCUGGUGGCUCCUCCCCCGUCCGGCAACAUGGCGGAGACAAUGAGGGCGCUGAUCCCGCGCCGAGCUUGAGCCGCUCCGACCCCAGGAGAGCUGAGCGGGCAACCCGGCCUACCCACCGCACCCCUCCCCGAGCACUACAGUGCAGCCCCCGGGCUGCACUCCGCUGCCACCACGGCCGCCAUGAAGCUGACGGAUAAUGUGCUGCGUAGUUUCCGCGUGGCGAAGGUCUUCCGGGAAAAUUCCGACAAGAUCAACUGCUUCGACUUCAGUCCCAGCGGGGAGACGGUGAUCUCCAGCAGUGACGACGACUCCAUCGUCCUGUACGACUGUCAGGAGGGCAAGCCCAAGAGGACGUUGUACAGUAAGAAGUACGGAGUGGAUCUCAUCAGAUACACGCACGCAGCCAACACCGUGGUGUACAGCUCCAACAAAAUCGAUGAUACAAUCCGGUAUCUUUCUCUGCACGAUAAUAAAUAUAUCCGUUAUUUCCCGGGUCACAGCAAAAGGGUGGUGGCCUUGUCUAUGUCCCCCGUGGACGAUGCCUUUAUCUCCGGCUCCCUAGAUAAGACGAUCCGAUUGUGGGACCUUCGUUCUCCUAACUGCCAGGGUCUGAUGCACCUCCAGGGAAAGCCUGUGUGCUCGUUUGACCCCGAGGGUCUGAUCUUUGCAGCCGGAGUGAAUUCGGAGAUGGUGAAGUUGUACGAUCUUCGCUCUUUUGACAAGGGCCCUUUCGCCACCUUCAAAAUGAACUACGACCGCACUUGUGAGUGGACGUCUCUGAAAUUCAGCAACGACGGGAAACUGAUCCUCAUCUCCACAAACGGCGGUUUCCUGCGGCUGAUCGAUGCAUUUAAAGGGGCGGUGCUGCACACCUUUGGGGGAUACAACAACACCAAAGCCGUCACACUGGAGUCCUCGUUCACGCCGGAUUCUCAGUUCAUUAUGAUCGGUUCGGAGGACGGGAAGAUCCACGUGUGGAACGCAGAGAGCGGCAUGAAAGUCGCCGUUCUGGACGGUAAACACACGGGACCCAUCACCUGUCUGCAGUUCAACCCCAAGUUCAUGACCUUUGCCAGCGCUUGUUCCAACAUGGUAAGGAUGCGCUCUGUAGUUCCCUGGGUGCCCACACCUGUAGAGGGGAAUAAACACCAGUGUUCCAUCGGAAUCUCCAACUCAUCGGAAUCUCCAACUCAUCGGAAUCUCCAACUCAUCGGAAUCUCCAACUCAUCGGAAUCUCCAACUCAUCGGAAUCUCCAACUCAUCGGAAUCUCCAACUCAUCGGAAUCUCCAGGAACCCCACCCACCCUGUGGUGUGGCUUCACCACCUCUGUGAGCCUCCAGGCCGCUCUUUCCGUGCAUCGCCCCGCCCACCCUGUGGUGUUGCACCGCCUCCUCUUGGAGCCCUGA